UUUGUAACUGUACGCUACCCAUUGGUUUGUGUCGAUUCGCGCUCAUUCCUUAGUUGGCUAUUGUCGAUCCCAUUUAUUAUUAAAUUGUAAUCAUGGAAUCCUUAAAAAUGAAUAAUGGUCGUUCAAUUCCAGUCAUUGGUCUCGGAACAUGGAAUAGUCCACCAGGUGAAGUUGGAGUGGCCGUGAAGAAAGCUCUAGAAGUCGGUUACCGACAUGUGGACUGUGCUCAUGUCUACAGAAAUGAAGCAGAAAUAGGUGAAGCACUGGAAGGUGCAUUAAAGAGUCUAAACUUAAACAGAGACGAUGUUUUUGUUACUUCAAAGCUGUGGAAUACUUUCUUCCGCCCUGAGCAUGUCAGGAAAGCCUGCGAAGAAACUUUGAAGAAUUUACGUCUUAAAUAUCUUGAUUUGUACUUAAUUCACUGGCCUGUUCCAUUCCAAUAUGGUGAAUCUCUUUUUCCCACUGAUUCGAACGGAAAUUUCUGUUUAGAUGAAGUACCACAUGAAGAAACUUGGAAGGAAAUGGAAAAACUGGUUGAUGAUGGUUUAGUCAGAUCUAUUGGUUUAUCAAAUUUCAACAAGCGUCAGAUUGAAAAUAUUCUUAAACAUUGCCGUAUUAAACCAUCCAAUUUACAAAUCGAAAUUCAUGCUAAUUUUCCUAACAUACAAUUAGUUGAAUAUGCGCAGUCGAUUGGUUUAACUGUAACUGCUUAUGCUCCGCUUGGUUCACCUGCUGCUUCACCAGGAAGGGUUGAUUUACUCAUGGAACCUUGGGUGUUACAAAUUGCUAAACAUCACGGUAAAACACCGGCACAAGUUCUCUUACGUUAUUUAAUUCAAAGAAACUUGAUAGUGGUUCCAAAGUCCGUGACACCAAAACGAAUUGAAGAAAACUUUCGGGUAUUUGAUUUCCAACUUUCGAAAGAGGAAAUGCAUGAAUUAAAUACGAAAGGUUUAAAUGAACGUCAGUUCAAAUUGUUGAAAAUGGCUGGUCAUUCGGAAUAUCCAUUCAAAGACGCUUAUUGAAUAUUCAAUAGAUGGAGCAUAAUUGAACUGUAAGAUUUAAUCUCAUUAUGCUUUUAGAAAAUUGUCUCAGGUGUGCUAAGUUUCAUCACUAAAUAAAAUCUGAUUCGAUUCAA